AUGCUAUAAACACAUUAUAUCAGAUUAUCAGUUAGAUAAAUAGCUUCAGUAUCGAAAAUGCCUGCAGCAGUGAAGACGUUGAUAUAACUGUGACUAACGUUUAACUACAUAUUAACUACAGUUAUAUUUAUCAAUGAUGCCGAUAAUGUGUUAGUGACAUUUUUUUAUCUACCUACAUAAAAAUAAAGUGAUGUUUUCCCGUUCAAAUGUGUCGUGUAGAUGUGCUUUUAAGAAAUAACAUUUGUUCUUUUAAUACAUAGUAUUCACAAUGAGCUACUAUGAAAACAAAUAUGGUAGUGCACAUAAAAGGCCGAGAGUUAAUAGUAACUAUACGAAAUUUCUCAAAAACCUGCACACAGAGCAGAUCGCGAAGCUCCACGCUAAGAACCAGCAUGAGUGCGAUCUGCUGGAAGACUUGCGGACCUAUACCAUCAAGCGGUCAGCCAUCGAGAAGUCUUACUCCGAGGCACUGCUGAAGAUAUCUUCAGCAUACCUCAACAAGAAGAUCCCGAACAUCCCUGACAUCAAGGUGGAUGGCGCGGAGGAGAAAUGGAAUAUGUGGAACGUAUGGCGCACUGUUCUGGAGGAGAACGAGAAACUUGCGCGCGCGCGCCUCGCCGCCGUCGAGGUGUUCCAACAGCAGAUCGCCGACGAAGCCAAGUUUCUGCGUCAGCAUAAGCUCAAUGUAGCCAAAAAGUGCACUGAUACCCUGGCGCAAGCACACAAGGAGCUCCAAAAUACGGUCCUGGAUGUUGACAAAACGAAGAAACUGUAUUUUGAUGAAGAGCACACCGCUCAUGAUGUCCGCGACAAAGCCAAGGAUAUCGAGGAAAAAUUGAAGAAGAAGAAAGGCUCCUUCUUCCAGUCCAUCACUUCGCUGCAGAAGAACAGUGCGAAGGUGUCUUCACGUCGUGAUCAGCUUGAGGAGAAGUCCACCGGGGCAAGGAAUGAUUAUCUUCUGAGCAUCGCAGCUGCUAAUGCACAUCAGAACCGCUACUUCCUGGUGGAGCUUCAGAACUGCAUGCUGAGCAUGGAGGCUGCAGUCUACGAGAAGGUGUCGGAGUUCCUCACCUUCAUGGGUCGCACUGAACUCCUGACGUGCUCGGCCACUCAGCACUCGUUCGGAAAGAUUAGGGAUCAGGCACAACAAUUGACAAGGGAGUACAAUCUACAAUGCCUGUAUUUGUACUACCCAGUGCUUAAGCAACAUAUCCAGUACGAGUUCGAGCCGUGUGACAACGAUCCGAUCGACACGGUGACGAUCGAGCACGAGUCGGUUGCGCAGACUCUGGGCCAGGAGGCUCGGCGCUGGGCCACGCGCGUCUUGCGCGAGACCUCGCUAGUGCGCGACGCUACUCGCAAGAUGAACGUCUACCAAGCUAUGCGUGAUGCUGGACAAAAGGUGGACCCGAAUGAUCCGAAUGGUCCCGAAUUGGAUGUUCGUUUGGACGAGUUGCGGGCUACUAUCCGUCGGUCGGAGAUUUCGAAAGCCAAGUACGAGUCGCGCCUCGAAUGUCUGCGCGUGAGCGGGGCUCCUGUGGACGAGUGGCUGAAGGAGGUCGACAUGCUGGCUGUCCAGGAACCCUUGCCGAGAAGCAGCAGCUUGCUCAGCGUUCGCACCGACGCUUCGGGCGCAGCCGACCAGCCGAGUUCUGACUCGUUCUACGACAGCGACAACACCGAGGGUGAGGGAACUUCAGCAUCAGCCGCCGUGGCCUCCAGCAGCCACCAGCGCACAACCUCGGGCUCCCAGAACGAGGAUGAACAUGAUGAAGAUGUUGAUGCAAUGCUGGAAGAAGAUCGCAUGCGCAUUGAGCAGCUGACUGUGGGUUGGGAUGAUCCGACUCAAGUGAACUGGGACGAGCCGGAGACUGGGGGCGAAGCGUCGGCCGUUGAGCCCCCGGCGGCUCCCCUCUACAAAUGCACGGCUCUGUACUCAUACACGGCCCAAAACCCUGAUGAACUGUCGAUCAUUGAGAGCGAGCAGCUGGAGGUGGUCGGCGAAGGUGACGGAGACGGCUGGCUUCGGGCCAGGAACUACCGUGGAGAAGAGGGAUACGUACCUCAUAACUAUCUCGAUGUGGACCGUGAGCAGCCAUGCUCCAGUUCAGGCGCUCCGGGCCUGGUGUCCCAGAUUUCAUUCUCAUCGGUUGAUUACACCGUGGAGGGAGAAGAUGCUGACGUUGUCCAGUCUCCCGACCAGAUUUCUGUGAUCUCGGCCCCAGUAGCUAAGACCGAAGAACCGAAGGCCGAAGAACAGCCCCAGGCCGAAAGCUUCGUCGCCGAAUGGCCGACUGCCGAGACUUCGAAAGUGGUGACGCCGAAAACUGAUCAGCCAACACUUGGCUAUUGCUUCGCUCUUUAUGAUUAUGAUGCUGAAUGCCCAGAUGAGUUGAAUCUUGAGGAAGGACAGAUUAUCCGCAUCCUGUCGCGCGAGGCUCACGCCGUGGACGACGGCUGGUGGCGCGGAGAAGCCAACGGCGUGGUGGGCAACUUCCCCUCGCUCAUUGUCGAGGAGUGCGAUGAGAAUGGCGAGCCUCUGAGCGGGGCCGAAGAAUGGCCGCCGCUGACUGCGGCCCCGCCCGUGUUCGCGUCGCCGCCGCACACGCCGCCCGAGGCCGCGGCUGCAGAGGACCGUGGAGCGCCCCCGGACGCGCCGCCGCCGCCGCCGCCCCCCGACCUCGGCGACUCCAUGGACAGCCAGCCUGACUUCAGCUUUAACCUUGAGCUUAGUAGGAACCAGCAAGAGCACUACGGCACGCAGUUCGCGGCCCCUUCCGUUACUAUCGUCGUCGACGAAGUGGUCGGUGAAUGCUGGGAAGAGGACAUUCCGGAGCCGGUCCAGGCAGUGCAGAUUGAACAGACCGCAGAAGACUGCGGCCUGGGCGUGGCACAGAUCGUGAUCACCGCAGCCACGCCCAUGGUGGAGGAGCCCGACCAGCCCUUCCCUCCGCCAGAGACCGAGGCCGAAGCCGAAGCGGACGCCGAAGCGCUGCCAGAGGCCGAGCGCGAGGAGAACGAGGACGACGAGUCGUCGCUGUCGGAGCAGACGGCGGUGUGCCUGCGCGACUCGGACGAGGGCCCGGCCGACUCAGCGCCGCACCCGCAGUCCAGCUCCACGGCGUCGGAGGGCGAGUCGGGCGGCGCGUCGGUGGCGUCGGGCCCGCCCACGGCGCCGCAGUCGCCGCCCGCGGCGCCGCGCGGCGGCCGCGCCUCCAUCCCCGACGAGCUGGAGCCGGCGCAGCUGGCGCGGCUCACCGACCUCAAGGAGUCCAACGCUUAAGGCCUAACUCGUCGCCAGCGCAUCCUCUUUACGAUGCCGGCCGACCACCGAUCGACUCGAUCGUCUACAUUAGACCGUUUCUCUGCUAUCAGACUUCUCCUCGCGCGGCGAGCGUCUACUAACGCAGUAUUAUAUUAUCCUAUCUACAAAUUAUUCGAUGAACAUGUUUUUAUGUGUGUAUUCACACUAUAUUCGUUUUCAAUGGUGUCGCUAAAUGUUACCUCUAUGCGAUCUAUCCCAAAUAUUCAAAUUUAUUAAAAUAUUAAAUUAGAUCUAAAUGUUUAUUUAUCUAGUAAAAUAUCAAUUGUACUAGAUGUUUUAAUAGCCAAUGUUUAUUGAUGUUAGUAUAUCUGGAUGUGAAAUUUUUGUAUUGUUUAUAAGAAUUUAUAAUGGAACUUGGGAAUUAAAAAUUUACGAAUAAAAUUGUCGGUGAUCCGUUAUGCGUAGAGGAACGGUCGGGACAUGUAGAUUGUACUGUAUAUAGCUAAUAUACUUAUUACUAAUGAAUAAGUACAGGAGCACGUUCUAGUACCUGCAAAUAGAGGGUAUGUUAGAGGCGUAUGUUAGAGUGACGCAGCGUGCUCACUGGGCGACGGUCAGCAGCCUGCAGGUCGCGGGCCCGCGCCGCCGGCGAGUGCAGCGCGCGCGUGGCGGUGUAACUAAGCUCCGGCGCGGAACACCCGCGCAGCGCACGUGACGCGGCGGCGCUUGUCGGUGUUCCUCGCCGGACGGUAGGAUUAGGAAGAUACAGGGUGUUACUAGCUUCUCUUUCGUUGACUUCACCUGCGACCCCGACACCGGUCGCCCGCUGUAUCACAUCAAGCAGCGGUCGGGUGUGAAGCACAAACCCAUCCUCAUACUUAUACACUCGUGAUGAGACAAUACACUCAUUUCUCCCGCUUUUGGCUCACUCUCUAUCUAUUUAUGAGUAUGUAUAGGUAAAGCAAAAUUCAAAGCGGCCUCACAUUAAGUCGAAAUUUAGAAAAUAUCACCUUAAUUUAUAUUAUGUAGAGUAGUUUUAUAAUGACCUAAACGGUCUACUUAGUCUUCAAGUUGUUUACCGUUUUAAUAUUUUAUCAUAACAAUUGUCUCAUCGUGUUGAUCCUCAUUAUGAUUGAAUGUCCUCCGUGAUCAGUAACAGUCAUUUCAUGUUUCUUAAGCCAAAUAAUUUCAGCUUUGUACCACUUGACAACUACAUGUUCCUUUCAGGGGUUGAUACUUAUUGGAAAUGGUUUAAAGUAUAAACAGCAAUAGACGCAGACGUGGUCGCGUCAGAUCACCGUAGGGAAAGCUUUUGGCUCUAGGAAAUUUGGGUGAAUAUGACAAAUAUAUAAACGUUUAUUACAUCUGAAUGUACCACGUAGAUGUUUAACAUUAAUUAUGUUAACAAUAGUUACACAAUUUAAUAUUGAAUUUAAACGAUUAAUCAACGUACGUAGAUAAAUGUUAACCAUGUAGUUAUUAGCUGUUUAACGAUGUGAUUCAUGUGUUGUGUUAUUUUAAUAAAUAUAUCAUGAUUCUAUAUAAUUGUUAGUUAUACAUUCUAUUGUAAACCCGUAAAAACGGAAGGUCAUUACAGUCAUUUUGGAUUGCGCCUCUUCUGCCUGAGUUCGAGGACUUGUUCGUUUCCGAAUACAGAUCGUUGCUAAACGUUGUUUUUACGGGUUGAACCACGUUUCAUGAAAUAAAAAAUGCUGAAAAAUACAAAAAAAUGAGAGGUACGUAGCACUCUGUGUAGAUUUAAUAUAAUCACUGUAUCAAAUGAUGCACAGAUUAAUAAUGUUGACUAUAACUUUACUACAAACUUAUAGUUGUUUGUGAUACCUACAAUUACUACCUACACUAUAUCGAAUACAAUAUUAAGUGUUGCUUUUAUCUUUAGAGAACUGAAUUGAUAGUUAACUCGUUCGUCUGCUGGGAUUAUCUGAAUUACACUUUACUCAAAUUACAAUAUGUUUCAUUUUCGUAAGUUUAUGUCUAUCAAAUUAGGUCGUGGCCCCGUACCUAUCGUAUAUCUAAAUUAAAAUAAAUACAUUUUGAUGAAAAAAACUACAAAUACAUUAGAACUAAAUAUAUAAAAAAAUCGUAAAUAGCUACUGUCAUUACUGGGUAUGAGACCUAAGAACAGCCGUCUCGAUUUGACGAGUGCAGUGUGAUGUAGAUAUAACGUUCUACAACGCUCUAGGAGGAAACAAAAAUUGAUGUCAUAUAUAAAAUUAUCAAAUAUCUAGUCAAUAAAAAAGGUCAAAAUUAUUCUCGACAGAUUUAAUCGUAUGGGCCACUCCCUGCAUUCCCGACCAUGAAGGCAGUGCACAAAAUAGAUCAGUAGUACCAAUCGAAUCGUACUAUCUGCGCAUACGCUAUUUUAAAUAACUCUAUGGAGUUUUAUAUACAACAAAGUAAAACUUGAGGCCUAAAAAAGAUAAAUCUACUACAGUGAAUGCAAUAAUUCGCGUAAUCUCAGCAUAUCGGACGUAUAUAGUAUAAUAGAAACAAUUAGUACUCAAAUAUUUAUACCUACUGUUUAAAGACUAUUAUAACUAUUACUAUACGAGAUUGUAGCUGAAGGUAGAUAACGUAUGCAAUUUUGAACACAAUAUUAUAAAAUUAUAAAAAAUAUCACAUUUUAUUGGCACAUUAUUCAAAUCAUUGAUCAAAAUAACUUGUUAUAUAACCUUUUCGAAAGGACUUUUUCAAAAAUGUUGACCGUUUUUUACUAAUCCAAGUUAACGUUUAUAUUAUGUAUCAUGUAUAUACAUUAUGGCAUGUAUUUAAACUGGAAGUACCGUAAAUUACUGUAACAAAAGUUUGGCGAACUUUACUAUGUACACAAUGACUUGCUACGUUUUGUUUUUAAAGUGAUCAGCUUUGCGUACCAGCCUUGUUGAUAUAGCAUGUUGCAGCCAGCGCCACACUGCCUAUAAACGUUAUUAUUAGAGUUAGAAACUCUUUGAAAGCCUUUGCUAGAGCGAUACAGUAGCAAUCAAGGGCUUUAAAAUUUACAACAAAAAAUUAGACUUUUAAUUUGAUAUAAGUUUGCUUGGAAACUUAAAAUUGUUUGGCACAAAACUGUGCGUUUUUUGUUUAACAUUUUAAUGGGUUCGACUGUUUGCCCGCUGGGUGCGAUGUAAAACCCGAGAGGUGUGGUAUUUGAACUGGUUUGUAAGUCGAGUAAAGUUUCAUCGUGUAUCGGGGGGCGAGGCAGUCUAUAACUAUGCAACAUAUAUCAUGCAACAAAGGCACGAUCUGAGAUCGAUCCCUGUAUUCAAAAUUAUUGAAAUUCCCUUUGAGUUCAACUUUGUGGUACUUCCAGUGUGAAGGUGUGUGACCCACUCAACAUUGCAUACGGUAUGGAGUGUAAGUAAGAUGUUAAUAGUAAAUACGCGGCCGCCGUAAGGCCGCAGGUUCGAUGUAUGGUUGCUUUAAUGUUCCCCCAAUGCCUUUUCGACCUGCAGUAAACUUUCUAAAAUUGAA